GCGCAGUGGCUGAGGCGGCGGGAGGGGCGUUGCAGCUCCGGUACCAACAUGGCGGCGGCCGGGGCCGGGAAGGUGGUGGCGGCGGCCGUGGGCACGGUGGUGAAGCCCAUCUUCAGCCGGGACCUGAACGAGGCGCGGCGGCGAGUGCGGGAGCUCUACCGAGCCUGGUACCGCGAGGUGCCCAACACUGUACACUUGUUCCAGCUGGACAUCACAGUGAAACAGGGACGUGACAAGGUACGGGAGAUGUUCAUGAAGAAUGCCCAUGUUACAGACCCAAGGGUGAUAGACCUGCUGGUUAUUAAGGGGAAAAUUGAGCUACAGGAAACUAUCCAUGUAUGGAAGCAGCGGACACAUGUCCUGAGAUAUUUCCAUGAGACAGAAACACCGCAACCCACGGAUUUUUUGUCAAAGUUCUAUGCAGGCAAUGAUCCCUGAAACAAACUGACUUAAAACUGAACAUGUAUUUCACUGUCUUGUUGCAAAUAAAGCUGUGCUGGAGAGAGGCUCUUAAGAAGGAAAGUAACCCUCCUUUCAGCAUUAUAUGCAUGUCUUA